CAAAAAUUUCAAUCACAAUGUCCCAACAGUCAAAACUCAAAACCCCCCUUUUCUCAGCUUUCCCCAAAAAGCAAAAACCCCUCCACACUCCCACUCUCACUUCCUCUGCACUCCAACAUUUCUCAAACCUCUCUCUCCAACAACAACAAUGGCACCCCCUUUUAAACCCUUCUUCUUCUUUUUCCUUUUCUCUGUCCUCUGUUUUUCAACACUCUGUUCUUCAUCUUCUUCUUCUUCUUCUUCCUCCAACAAUGGCGUUUCUGGUUCAGUUUCAUCUUCACCUUCAGAUGUAGACCUUCUCCUGUACAAAAUCAAACCCACAUUACAAGGCAACACAGAAAGCCUCUUACUUUCUUCAUGGAACUCAACUAUUCCCCUUUGUCAAUGGCGUGGCCUCAAAUGGGUUUUCUCAAAUGGAACUUCUUUAGCCUGUGAUACUCUCUCUUCCCCUCAAUGGUCUAGUCUUUCUCUCUUCAAAGACCCUUCUCUUCACCUUCUCUCUCUCCAUCUUCCCUCUGCUAAUCUUUCAGGUUCAAUUCCUCGUGAGCUUGGUGAGCUCUCUGCUCUUCAAACCCUCUAUUUGAGUGUCAAUUCGUUGUCUUUAGGGGUGCCAUUGGAGCUUGGGUAUAGCUCCUCGCUUACUGAUGUUGAUUUGGGUCAGAAUUUGCUUUCUGGGUCAUUGUCUGCUUCAAUUUGGAACCUCUGUGACCGCCUUCAAUCGCUUCGGCUACAUGGUAACUCUCUCUCUGGCUCUCUUCCUGCACCUGGUGUGCCUAACUCUACUUGUGAUAGUUUGAAGGUUCUUGAUUUAGGGGAUAAUAAGUUUUCUGGGUUGUUUCCUGAUUUUGUAACUAGGUUUAGGAAUAUUGAGGUUCUUGAUCUUAGUCAUAAUUUGUUUACUGGGGUGAUUCCUGAUGGUUUAGCUCAGAUAAAGCUUGAUCAACUGAAUUUGUCUUAUAAUAAUUUUAGUGGGUUGUUGCCAAAUUUUGGGGGGAGUAAGUUUGGGGCUGAAGCUUUUUUAGGGAACAAUCCUAGGUUAUGUGGGUACCCUUUGGGGGGUUGUAAUGGAGGGACUAAUAUGACCCCCGGCGCGAUUGCUGGUCUAGUGAUUGGUUUGAUGACUGGUUCUGUGGUGGCUGUGUCUGUGUUGAUUGGGUAUUUGCAAAAUAGGAGGAGGAAGAAUAGGGGACAGAAUGAGGAUGAUGAAUUGGAGGAAUGUGAAGAGGAUGAUACUCUUGGUGAGACUGGUGAAGCAAAGCUUGUUGUGUUUCAAGGUGGUGAGAAUUUGACACUGGAUGAUGUGUUGAAUGCUACUGGACAGGUUAUUGAGAAGACGAGUUAUGGAACGUCUUAUAAGGCAAAGCUUGCGGAUGGAGGGACUAUCGCGUUGAGGUUAUUGAGGGAAGGUUGUUGUAAGGAUAGAAGUUCUUGCUUGCCUGUUGUAAGGCAGUUGGGUCGUAUUCGACAUGAGAAUUUGGAUCCCUUGAGAGCUUUCUAUCAAGGGAAAAGAGGAGAGAAGUUGCUCAUUUACGAUUAUGUUCCUACCAGAACUCUCUUUGAGCUUUUGCAUGAACCUAAGCCAGGGAAGCCAGUGUUAAACUGGGCUCGUCGCCACAAAAUUGCACUUGGUAUAGCCAGAGGACUAUCUUAUCUUCAUACAGGCCUAGAGACAACGAUGACUCAUGGGAACGUGAAAUGCAAGAAUGUACUUAUCGAUGAUUUCUUUGUAGCAAGACUUACUGAAAUUGGAGUAGACAAGCUGGUGAUUCCUGAUGUAGCUGAUGAAAUGUUGUCUCAACUAAAGGCAGACGGGUACAAGGCUCCCGAACUUCAAAAGAUGAGUAAAUGCAAUCCAAGGAGUGAUGUCUAUGCAUUUGGUAUAUUGUUGCUUGAGAUUUUGAUAGGGAAAAAACCUGACAAAAAUUCCCGAAGUGGAGAUUACAUGGAUUUACCAUCAAUGGUAAAAACAGCUGUUUUGGAGGAGACAACGAUGGAGGUUUUCGACGUUGAGGUGUUGAAGGGGAUAAGAAGUCCCAUGGAAGACGGAUUGGUUCAUGCAUUGAAGCUUGCGAUGGGUUGCUGUGCGCCAGUGGAUUCUGCUAGACCAACAAUGGAGGAAGUUUUGAAGCAGUUGGAGGAGAAUAGACCGAGAAAUAGGUCUGCUCUAUAUAGCCCUACUGAAACUAGAAGUGGGACAGGUACUCCCUUUUGAUCUUUAUCAUGUUUUUGUUAGAUUCAGAAGUAAAACCUGUCUCUAGGAACAAAUCUCGUUUAAAUUGAUACGAUUUUCUGUGCAUGUAAUUUGUGGCAGAUGUAGUGGAAUCAUGCACAGUGAUUCAUUAUCUGUUCUAGGUAUCUCAUCUAAUUUUCUAUAUUACGAUAUAGUUGUGUUAAAAUGAACAGAUUUGUUACACAUUUACCAAGUAUUAAUGACGGCUUCAGGGUGAUUUUCUCCA